AUGUAUCUACCAGCGUUUCCCGCCGGACACUUUAUGUGGUUACACACAGAUGGAGAGCACCAGUUCGGCUCUUCGGAUAUAAACUGUAUUUUUAUCGAGAACUGUGCAGGAGACAUGGAGCGGCCAUCUUGUAUUGUGGAAGAUUUGAAGCAGUUCGUUGUCAGUGAAGCUCCACAAACUGCGUUUUACAUCCCAGAUUUCAUAUCAGAGGAUGAGGAGUCCUUCCUCCUGCAGCAGGUGUACAAGUCCCCCAAAACCAAAUGGACCCAGCUGUCCGGCCGCCGGCUCCAGAACUGGGGCGGCCUGCCGCACCCCAAAGGCAUGCUGGCCGAGACGCUUCCCGACUGGCUCCAGAGCUGCUGUGAGAAAGUCUCGUCUCUGGGAGUGUUCGGCGGGAAAACGGCCAACCACGUGUUGGUGAACGAGUACAAGCCGGGCGAAGGCAUCAUGGCCCACGAGGACGGCCCGCUGUACCACCCCACGGUCGGCACCAUCAGCCUGGGCUCGCACACCAUGCUGGACUUCUACCGGCCCGUCCUGGCUGCAGACGGGCCGCAGACCCAGCAGAACCGCUACCUGCUGUCCCUCCUGCUGAGGCCGCGCAGCCUGCUGGUCCUGCAGGAUGACAUGUACCGUCAGCUGCUGCACGGCAUCCAGAACCGGGACCGGGACCCGCUGACGGACCGGGUGGCCAACCUGUCUGGCGCCGGGGCGCGGCCCGGGGAGACGCUGAGCAGGGGAACCAGGGUGUCGCUCACCAUCAGACACGUUCCCAAAGUGAUCAGGACCAGGAUGGUUCUCGGAAGGAAAUGACCCGACCGAAUCAGAACCAAACCAGAACCACAGCUGGAUGUGUCUGUGACGCAUGAAGACGAUAAAACAGACUCAUGAUGAA